AUGGAACUGCUGAGCAGGCAAGACCCCCACCUCCGAGAGGUCGUGUGGUUUGCGGUGUGCUGCAGAGCCCUGACACUUCUGCUGCAGGCUCUGUUUAACCUCCUGAUCCCAGAUCACGCUGCAGAUGCCUUCUAUCCCCCUCGCCUGUCCGAGCCUGGCCUGUGGGACCUGCUUCUGGAGUGGCUGCUGGGAGGCCUCUCGCACUGGGACGCGGAGCACUUCCUCUUUAUCGCCGAGCGUGGUUACCUGUACGAGCACAACUGCGCCUUCUUCCCCCUGUACCCCCUGAGCGUGCGUGCCGUGGCUGAGGGUGCUCUGUGGCCCUUGCAGCGGCUGCUGCGUUUGCGGAGCCGCCUCCUGCUAUCGGCUGUACUUCUUAAUUCUCUCUUUUCUGUCCUGGCAGCCGCUGCCCUGUAUAAGCUGGGCUGCGUCGUGCUGCAGUGUCGCAGGGUGGCCUUCCUUGCUGCCGUUCUUUUUUCUAUCAGCCCUGCCAAUGUAUUUAUGGCAGCUGCUUACUCAGAGAGCAUGUUUGCCUUCCUGGCAUUCAGUGCCAUGUGGCAAUUGGAGAAGGGGCAGAGCUGGCUCAGUGGACUGCUCUUCUCCCUUGCUUCUGGGGUACGUGCCAAUGGGCUUAUUAAUGCUGGCUUCUUUCUCUACUCCCGCGGUAAAUGCUUUGCCCUCCAGCUCCAGGUGGGUUCAGGAUCGGUAAGAAAGCUCCCUCUGUUGUGGAAGCAACUCCUUAGCGUGGCAUCUUCAGCGGUUCUGAUGUGUGCCGGGAUUUUUCUACCUUUUGUUUUAUUUCAGUAUUAUGCCUACGUGAGGUUCUGUGGUCCUGGCACCGGCCUGGAGCAGGCUGUUCCCAAGCCGCUGCUGCAGCUGGCUCUGCACAAGGGCUAUCGUCUGGGGGGCCUGAACGGGGUUAAACCCCCUUGGUGCUCCCAGCGAUUCCCCGUGGUCUAUUCCUAUAUUCAAGAUGCUUACUGGAAUGUGGGCUUUCUAAGGUAUUUUGAGCUCAGACAGAUACCAAAUUUCUUGCUUGCUUUGCCUGUCACACUUCUGGGCUCGUGGGCUGCCUGGACCUACAUCACUGCAAACCCUCGGCACUGCGUAACUCUUGGUCUAGAGAGAAGAAAGAGUGAUGAAGAGGGUAAACCAAGAGCUGGAUUUUGCUGCCCCGCUGUCUUCGUGUACGUGGUCCAUGCCACAGUCCUGCUGGCGUUUGGAUUCUUCUGCAUGCACGUGCAGGUGCUGACCCGCUUCCUGGGCUCCUCCUCUCCCAUCCUGUACUGGUUCUCCGCUCACCUGCUUCAAGAAUACGAACCUUUACUCCGGAGCGAAGGGACUGAUAAUCAAACCGCGGCACCUCGCUCCGAGAGGUCUCUUCUAGGUAAAUCUCCUGGUUCCUGUGGGAAAGGGACUUCUGAAAACCCCGUUGUGAGGCUGCUGAUGAACUGUAGAUUAAUUCCCCGCCUCAGCAAAUGCGUUCUUGGAUUCUUCCUGUCCUACUGGCUGCUGGGACUGAUUCUGCACUGCAACUUCUUGCCGUGGACAUAG